ACUCCUCCUCCUCCUCCGUCGCUGUCUACAUCUUUCGACGGCAUGCGCCGCCUCGCAGGGCGCGUCCAGAGCAGCUCGGGCGGCGCUGCUGCGGCGGGGGCGGAUGGCGCGGUCGCCGCGCCGCUCAUCGGUGAGCCGGCGCUCCCGCGCGGCGCUCCGGCGGCCGGCGGCGUGUUUCGCCGCUGCGGAGGGCGUUGUCGUCGCGAGGGGCGGGCCCACGGCGGCGGAGGCGCUGCGCUGACGGCCGCUGACGGCGGCGGUGAGGGCCCAAGCGCCGGCCGAAGAAGCAUUGCCGCGAUUGCCGUGGCGUGCCGCCUGGCGGGCCCGGCGAGCGGUCCCCGCCGGUCGGGGCUGCCAGCGCUGCACGACUGGCGGGGCGACAAGGCGAUCGAGGCCGAGCAUAUGCGCUGGAGGCGACGGCCUCGAUUUGCGCGCGAUCGGCGCCUCGCUCCUCUCGGCUCGGCAACGAUACGCGGCGCGCCAGCGUCGGCCCGUUCAAGGCCGCUGCACGGCGCUCGCCAGCGGCGCCGCGACGCGAGCGCUCUCGCCCCUCCCCCCCCCACCACCGCUAGGGCCGACGGACGCCCCGCGCCUGCGUCCACCCCCCGCCGCCAUGAGCCGAGGCUCAUGGCGGCGCCUCGAGAGAGCCGCCGCGCGGCGCGGUCGCCGGUCCGGCGCAGAGGGCCGGGCGCCGGUCUCCGGAGCCGGGGGGGCCGUCCGUGGGGCGAGGAGGGCGGAGGGGCGCGGCGGGGCCCGCCCAGCGGUGGGAGGGGCCGCGGCGGGGGCGUCCCGGUCCCGUGCACCGAGGCGGGGCGGCGGGGUGUGGUGCGGCGAGGUCGGUGUGCCGUCCGCCCCGGUCCCGGAGCCCGUCUCCCGGCUCCGCGGGGCCCAAGUCGAUUCGUUUCGGGUGUGUUUGGCUUUGUUUGCAGUCGGUGUGCGCGUUUCCUAGUCAAAACGUCGCAUUCGGUUCGCAUUUGC